GCUGAUCCCGUGGUGAGAUAAUCUCAGAAGGAGGAUCACGAAGAGUGGAGUCUAAAAUGGAAGCUAUAGCAUGCAACGAAACAUUAUCUCCUGUGAUGACCGGGUAUCCAGUGAGGCCAGUAGAGACGAUAAUGGGACUGCUCGCCUUCUUCAGUCUGCUCGGCACGACUGGCAACGCAGUGGUUCUGUAUGUGUACACAAGGAAGAGGAACAAGCUGCCCUCAACAAUCUUUAUCAUUUCUUUGGCAGGAACCGAUUUGAGUGUUUGCAUUAUUGUUAUGCCAUAUACCAUGACUGUUGAAUAUCUGGACUACGAAAUCAAGUACGAUCUGCUGUGCAAAUUGUAUCUCUUUUUGAUAACGUCCAAUGUGCCAUUUUCGGCUUUCAUCAUGGUCGCGAUUGCAGUGGACAGGUAUAUAUGCAUUUGCCAUCCCCACUGGCAUGUGUUGGAUACAAGAAGGGCAAAACUCAUACUUUUUUCGUUGAUUGUUUUUUCAAUGAUUCUUGGAAUUAUCACCGCAUUAGCUUAUGGCGUGUACCAAUACAAAUCUAAGAUUGAUGAUGCACAAAUUAUCGAUCGCAAUUUUACAUCCGUGACAAGUAUAAAUUGGACCAUAGCAGAAGACGCAGAUGUAUGUCUUAACAAAACACAACACGCCAACUGUACCGACAAAUUCGAAUACAUGGUUAAUUGCACCACUGAUGUUCUCUUAUAUCGAUUCGUUGACUAUUCCGGUGUUUGCAAACCAAACCAACUGAUAUUUACCACAAAGUUUCGAAAAACGUACCAGAAGGUCUAUGCUGGGAUGUUUCUUGUUGCGUUUAUUGUGGUGUUUGUACUAUACAUUCUUAUCUACAAAUCGGUUCUUGAGAGGAGGUCUAAAAAGAUGAGACAAAGACGUAAAACACAACUGUCUCUUUAUAGAGAAACGUCCAUGACCGACACUCACUUAACAAUGGCAAACGGAAGUUCACGCAGUUCUGUCAAGAGAAGUGAGAGUAGAAGGACAAUGCUGGACAAGGAUGGGUGCAUUAAGGAAAAGUACUGGCUAGCUAAUAUUAGAACGGCGUUGAUGUUGUUUGUGGUAACACUCGCCUUCAUUAUGGCAUUCCUCCCAUCUUGGCUAAUGGCGCACAGAGUGGUUACUUUCAAUCCCAUUGUAUUUUACCUUUAUUUUGCAUAUAAUGUUUCAAAUCCUAUCAUUUACGCUUUUAUGAAUCCUGCGUUCAGACGUGAACUCAAGGAUUUGAUCAGCUGCAUGAGAUGUACGGACAUAUAACGCCAACGUGUGUCAACAGAUUCACAAACCUUUGCACCUUUGAACAGUGUGUUGUAAAUAUUUUGUUAUUGAUUAACUCUGCAUAUUUCUUUCAGUCACACCUUUUUCUGCCUUAUGUGGGUUAUAAUUUGGUAACAAGUGUAAACGUACACGUUUUAUGAGACUUUGUAAUAACAAUGAAUCACUAUUCUGCCUUUGAAUUUAUGGAUCAGUGAAGGAACAUUGGAUCAGUGAAGGAACAUAGGAGGACUAUCAGCAUCAGUGGCAAUAUCACAUAAUGACAGAAGUCAGUUUUUGUCCUAGAACAGACACUUUUCGACAUCGUUAACAUAUUAUAAUCACAUAUUUUAUUUAUUUCAUUUAAAUAAGCUCAGUGUUCAGCAGUGGAUAUCUUGUGUUUAUUAUAUAAACUAAUACAAAAUGUUUGGAUCAUUCGUAACUUACGCGUGUCAGUUCUGGGACAGGACAAGGGCACCUCUACAAGGAGUUCGUGUUGGUCUUUGAACAUCAGAAUAGCUUCAGAUGGUAAAUAUUCUACCCAUCAAAAGUUUAGACUCAGUAGUGUAAAUGUAGCCACUUACUUCAGUCAACUGUUGUAAACAACACUUUGCAAAAUAUUCCAUACUGUUUAAAUGUACUGUUUACUCAUGAACUGCUGUAUUGCAAAACAGAUUCGUAACACUGAAAAGAUCAUUGUCAUGAGUUCAAUAAAUGAUGAAACUCA